GAGGAGGCGCCGCACUGCGCCAGCUGCGCCCGGGGCGCCUCGCGGGUCUUCUGCGGCGGCGAGCACACGCUGGUGCGCGACCCUGAGACGCUGGCGGUGUUCCAGCUCGGCGCCUGCGGCCUGGGCUUCGACCACGACGACCCCUCCGCCGCCUCCCGCCCCUCCGCCUACGCGCGCAGGGUUCCGCUGCCGGGGCCCUCGUCGGCGGUCUUCGCCGGCUACUACCACAACCUGGUCAAGCUGAACGGCGGCCGGUGCCUCGCCUACGGAUGCGGGCGCCAGUCGCCCAGCUCGGGCGCUGCCAGAGGUGGUCCGCAAGCAUCGAAGUGCUCCCGGCUUCCUGCGCCACUCUGGAGCCCUUUGGGCCCUCUGGGCCUCGCGAGGGGUGCUCUGGAGCGCCCCACCAACGACGGGCAGCUGGUGAAUGGCAGCCUCUCGGAGGACACCCUCCCCGUGCCCACGCGCCUGCGCUUCGCGGAGGCCGCCGCCGGCGGCCACCACUCCGCGUGCCGCACCCUCUCGGGCGAGGCCUUCGGGGGCAGCACCGGGGGGGUGGUCUCGCAGCCGGGGCAUUACCACACAGCGGCGCUCGGUGAGGACGGGGAAUGGUACGUGUGGGGCUGCAACGAGCAGGGCCAGCUCGGCAGCGGGCGCCCUGGGGAGGAGCAGAUCACGGUCCCGAGGCGGCUGGCCGAGUGCGCGCCGGAGCUGCAGGGAGCACAGGUCGCGGCGUUCGAGGGCGGCUAUGGGUUCUCGCUGCUGCUAAUGGGGGACGGGCGAGUGCUCACCAUGGGGAACCACAGCGAGGGACAGCGCGCCGUGGACCCGGACCUGGACGAGGCGCCGCCCGUGAGCCAGGUGCCGCUGCCGGGGCCCGCGGAGGCCGUGGCGGCCGGCAGCCACCACGCCCUGGCCGUGGUCGGGGGCCGGGUGUUCGCGCUCGGCUCCAACGAGUACGGGCAGGUGGUCGGCGACGGCGCGGCGCCGGGCGGCAGCGAGGAGCACCGCGAGUGGCGGCCUCGGGCGGUGGAGGGGCUGCCCGAAGGCGACCCGGUGGUGCGGGUCAGCGCGGGCAUCCCAGGCAGCGGCAAGGGGUCUUCGCCGAGGUCGCCGUGGAGCAAGCGGACUGCCUCCGGGCGGGUCUUCCUGUGGGGCUGCGGGGGCAACGGCCAGACGGGCGACGGGGCCCUGCCCGCCAGCUCACCGGUGAGGGAGGUCGACCUGGCCGAGGUGGCGCGGCGGUGUCCUGCCGCCAGCGCUGCCGACUUCUCGGGCGUCGCGGAGUAG